AUGAAGCAUUUCGUCCAACUAACGCUUUUGGCUUCAGCCCUCGGGUUGCUCCCGCAAGCUCUGGCAUGCACUAACGACGAAGAUUGCGGUUUGAACGGCGUGUGUAACAACAAUACCUGCAUCUGUGAUCCAGGCUGGACCGGUAACGACUGCGGACGACUAGACCUCCGUCCAGGGCCACGGGCAAAUGGCUACAAUCUCACGGGGCAGGGGACAUCAUCAUGGUGCAACGGAAUCCUCCGCGAUCCCCAAAUCAAAGACCUCUACCACUUGAUCGUUUCCGAGUUCACCCACGGGUGCGGUCUCGAUUACUGGUCGCCCUACAGUCGCAUUAUCAGGGCUGAAUCUACAACCGGACCCUUGGGGCCGUACACCUUCAAGCAGGAAAUCGCACCGUCUUUCGCACAUAACCCAUCCGUCAUCUGGAGCGAGAAAGACCAGAGGUACUUGAUGUAUAACAUAGGGUGUCCACAGCAAGUCCCGUCCACCUGCCAGAAUGUCGAUUUCACCUGCGGUCCUGGGAAUGCCAUCAACGGCGAGAGCGGCAUCAGCGUCUGGUCCUCGCCAGAUCUAUACAAUUGGACAUACCAUGGCCAGGUCUUCCCCGGCACAGACAAUAAUGCCUGGGACGCAGACAUUACCAAUCCUGCACCGUUACAUCUCCGCUAUACUCCCAGAAACCCAGCUUCAGCCCGGGGCGCACCAACGAUCCUCGCAUACCGCGGCUGCCCAUACAACUGCAGCGGAGCAGAACUCAUCACCAUCGCCACAGCACCCGACUACACCUCCCCCUACACUCCAAUCCACCCCUCAGCCCCAAUAUUCCCCGAACCAAGCGAAGACCCCUUCAUCUGGGAGGAUAGACGGGGUAAUUUCCACAUGCUGGUACACUCCCUUCUACCCGAUGCAGGUUUCGGCGAUGGGCCGAAUGUAGGUCGGCAUGCGUAUGCGAGAUCUUGGGCCGGGCCGUGGACGUUUAAUAACAAUAGUGUUGCGUUUACUACUAGUGUGGAGUUUGAGGAUGGAAGCAUUGUGGAGUAUUUUAGGAGGGAGAGGCCGAGUCUGUUUUUUAGUGAGGAUGGGGAGAUGAGGCCUUUGCUGCUCUCGACGGGGGUGCAGGAGGUUGGUGAAGGGGCGAGUUAUUCGCUUAUACAGCCGAUUGGGGAUGGUCUGUGA